CCCGGUUCCAAGCUUCGCGCCGCCACGCCCAGUCCAGGUUCGCCACACCCUCUAGCCACGCCUCCUCUCGACGCUGCGGAAAAGCCGGAGUGGAGCACGGGCGGGGCGCGGCAGACGGCUCACUGGGCAUGCUCGGCGGGGCGGGGGAGGGCCGGGCUGCGCGCGGCGAGUAGGAAGCCCUCGCCCAGCGGAGGCUGCGGGAGAGAGAGCGAGAGAGCGAGCGAGCGAGCGAUGGGCCGCGGAGCUGGGCGCACGUUCCGCGGGGACACAUGCCACGCGUGUCCCAGCCGGACGCUCAAUUAGCAUCCGCCUCUGCAGCCAGCCGCCACCGCCUCCCGGCCCUCUCGGGCUGCAGUGGAGAGGAGCUCCAGCGGUUGCCUUGCUCCGGCUGCGCGCAUUGUCCUCAGGGUCCUCUUGCCAGGGCUGCUGCGGGGCCCGGGACCCUCGCCCCAGGGACGCACCCCCGCCACCGGUCGGCCCGGCGCGGGGCUCUGCUAGCCGAUCGGUGAGCUCGCGCUCCCGGGCCGCUCUCGCCGGGGCUUUUCCUGCGGAACGGAGGAAGAGGAGAAGUCUACCAGCCCAGCCCAGCCUUCCCCAGCGCGCAGCCCCGACGGGGCCGCGGCAGGCGCGACGAGGGCGCCGACGGAGCCAUGAGAGAGUACAAAGUGGUGGUGCUGGGCUCGGGCGGUGUGGGCAAGUCCGCGCUCACUGUGCAGUUCGUGACAGGUUCCUUCAUCGAGAAGUACGACCCGACCAUCGAGGACUUCUACCGCAAGGAGAUUGAGGUGGAUUCGUCGCCGUCGGUGCUGGAGAUCCUGGACACGGCGGGCACCGAGCAGUUCGCAUCCAUGCGGGACCUGUACAUCAAGAAUGGCCAGGGUUUCAUCCUUGUCUACAGCUUGGUCAACCAGCAGAGCUUCCAGGACAUCAAACCCAUGCGGGACCAGAUCAUCCGCGUGAAGCGGUACGAGCGCGUACCUAUGAUCCUGGUGGGCAACAAGGUGGACCUGGAGGGCGAGCGCGAGGUCUCAUACGGCGAGGGCAAGGCCCUGGCCGAGGAGUGGAGCUGCCCCUUCAUGGAGACAUCCGCCAAAAACAAAGCCUCAGUGGAUGAGCUGUUCGCAGAGAUCGUUCGGCAGAUGAACUACGCGGCACAGCCCAACGGCGACGAGGGCUGCUGCUCGGCCUGCGUGAUCCUGUGAGGCGCCGGCUGCCGCCGGGCGCUGGCCACGCUCUGUGCACAAAGCCAAACACACCCGAUUCUCUUGAUGUGAUUGUCUUCUCGCUUUGAGAUUGGAGACGACUUUGUAUUGGCCGGGAUGUCCGAGGAACCUGGCUGACUUGCGUGGCCAGCAUCCCCAGCCUUCAGCUAGGGUCCGAGGGGGUGUCGGUUCCUGACCAUCCAAGACCCUGAUGGAAAUGUGGCUUUUUUUUGCAGCGUGUACGUUCCUCAUUGAUUUCGGUUCAUGCAUAAUUUUUCCCGUUUCAGUAGCCAUCAAGGCGCAGUAUUGGCUGCUUGACACCGGCAAGCAAAAGUUUCAAGACUGAAAAAGAAAAUGGGGGUGGGGAGGUGGAGGAAGUGGAGGGGAAGAACGAGGCGGUGGGGGAGGGUUCCCCCAACCAACUGUUCAUAGUUCCAAGUUCUAAAUACAAGGAAGGAGGUCUGAGAAAACGAUAUGAAGGAGCCAGAGGAGGGGAAGAAACUUAAUUUUUUCCCCCUUGUUUUCCAGGAUUAUUUGGAAAUUAAGACCAAGGGUUCCUUUUCUGCCAGCUUGGAAGGGCAACCCAGGGACUGAUUACGAUUCUGAGGAUGUCUAUGCAAAGUUGGGUUCUUGUUACAGUGUAUCCAAUCUGAAGUAUUGCACAUGUGAACUGGGACUGUUAACACUGAUGCCAAUACAGUGUGGGGUGCCAGGAAGUGUCUGCUGAUAUUUGUGGGAAAAAAAAAAUCUAUUUUGAUUACCUACUGUAUCAAAGGGGAGUCUGGGGGAGAAUGGUAGUAUUUUUUUUUAAUCAGCUGUGAAAAAAAUGUUAAAAGAUCUGCACAUUUUUGUGUGUGCUAUUAUGUGUGUGUGUGCUGUUGUGUGUGUGUGCUAUUGUGUGUGUAAGUAUAGCUUUUUGUGUGCGUGUGUGGUUGGCAGUGACAGAUUUUUGCUGACUAGCUUUUAAAAAUACAAUACAAAGACUUCGUAAAUGUGAUUCAGGGCCCCCAGCACCCCUGUGUCUGCAGAGUGCCUUCAAACUCAGCUGUUCCAGCCGGUGCCAACCUGUGAAUUCCCACCAUAUCCCAGAAUCUGCUGUUCUGCUGCCCCCAAAACCACUUUAAGUAUCUUCCUGAAAGAGCCAGGACAAAUGGGACCUGUUAGUCCAUCAAUUGCUUCUUUAAUUUUUAGCUUUCUUAACGUUAAGGUCAUGUCUCGAGUGUUUUUCUUCCUUUCUUCACUUUGCUCAGAUUUCAGGUUUUAGCUCCCUUUUCUGUUGCAUUUGGAGUGUCUCUUGUCAUUUGUCUAAGGUUGUCCUCCAGACGCAAAGAGCAGAAUUUUAUUGUGAUGUACCAAGAGAAUUCUAACAAAUUGUAACUUUUAAUUCCACUCAUUUGGUCAUUGUCUCUUCAUUUUAAGACUUUUAAUACAAAUGUCAUUUUUAAAGAAACCCCAAACUAUUUGUUUUUGUGUUUCAUAUUCAGUGAUGUACAGUAUCCAUGGUAACGGUGUCAGGUGGAGGUGGACCUGGCUGCCCAGAGUUAUUUGUCGAAUUUUGAAGAUAGAAUUAUUUCAGUGACAAACUGGAUGACAAUGUUUCCAAGUUUUUAUUUCAAAGUGGAGAAAAAUUAUCAGGGUCUAGACAUACCAUCUGACUCCCCAGAGGAGGAAGUGUAUUGAGUCUGUUCUGCUGAACAAUGAGCCAUGAACUUCACUGUUAUAGCAAAGGUCUGGGAAAGUUACAUCCAUCCAGGCGAAUAGGGGAUAGCUUUUUAUUUGUCCUGGUUUGGUUUUGUCUGCUUAUGUCACGCCUCAGUCAGAAGUGUUCUUGACUUGCUUCUCACACACAGUGUCUCAGCAGUCUUUGGAGUGUGCUAGGCUGGCCGCUAUCUCAACCCUUCGAAGAUUUCAUUUGGAACCAAAUCAUUAGGUUCAAAACAAAACAAGAAGUAAUAAACCAUACAAAGAGGAUUCUUUUGCUCUCUUUAGUUUGUGUAUCAUAUUUGACCACAAGCGUUGUUUCUUUUAACAAGUAGGAGGCAAAGUGCAAGGAGGCCAUGUGCGUUGUUACUUUCUCUGUGUAUUUUCCUUGGGCUCUCUAGUAUAAUAAUCUUAUCUGUAAGAGGUGAUAGCGUAGGUUCCUGAGGCAAAGCUGAAGCCUGCAGAGUAUUAACCGAGGAAUUUACUCUUUGACGAAGCCAAAAGAGAUCACAGGUUUCUUUAAAGUGAUAUCAAUAUCUCUUGCCUUAAUUUUUUUUUUUUUUUUUUUUUUUUUGCGGGGGAGGGAGUGAUUUCAUCCAGGUUGCAUUUCGCUAUUCCUGUGGGGAGGGAGAACAGUUUGGCCUGUCUUGGCCUUUUAUUUAUUUUCCAACUCUGACCUCAUGCUUCCGUGAGUAUCAAACACAUUCGUUUCUACGUCUAAACAUUGGAACUACUCAAAAUUAUGUUUUUGCAAGAAUGCAUCCUUCCAUUUGAAUAAUUGUGGUUGCUUAAGUCGAUUAAAGUUGAUGCACAGCCUGAGGAUGUGUCAAGCCCUGUUGGAAGGUUUGUUUUUGUUUUUUUUUUUUUUUGUUUUUUUUAAAUGUGUUUGGUGACCCUCAUUUGUCAUUAUUUGGAAGGCUUUGGGCAAAAGCUUUGCCAAGUAUAUGGCUCAUAGGAAAUGUGCGUACUCCUUACAGAAAAUAUUCGAAGGUGGAUGGUGAAAUAGAUUGUUGGUGCACCAAUCACCUCCACAGAGGGUUUUGUGGAGGUCAAAAAACAGGACAAGUUUUUGUUGUUUUUUUUUUUUAAAUAAAACAAAACCAUGUUUCUACUGAGUACUGUAAAAUAAAUGCUUUUGGAUUGUAAAAUUAAAGCUGCUGCAGGAAAAUGAAGGUCUGAGUUGCUUGGCUUUCACCUAUGAUAUUCAUGGUAGAUAGAAAUUUGGAGGGCUUUUUCCUUUCUUGAAACGUUGGAGAACCUCAUCUAGGGUGGUGUGGAGACAAGAACAUUUGUUUCAGUGAGAAAGGGAGCUGGUUUAACAGCUUAAGGAAGUGAGUCAGGGAGGGUGGGGUUUGUUGUAAUGUAAUCACCUGUCAAAACAAAUUGGGGGGGAAGUGCUUCCUGAGGGAGUGAGAAAUCCUCUAAACUUGACCCCUACUGGGUGUGUGGGUUUGGUUUUUUGUUUUGUUUUAUUUGUUUGUUGAAACAGCUUUUCUUUGAGCCCCUGACAGGCAGCCCAGUUCUCUGUCAUGUCAAAGCAUUAUUUUUGUUCAUUUGUUAACUCCUCAGGAAACCUAAAGGUGCCUGCUCAAGUCUCACCUUUGAUCUUCAGGUAACCAGUUUCCAUCCUAAUGGCUAAGGUAGUUCACUGACUCACACUGAGAAACCAGGUCUAUUUGAAGAUAGUCUUGAGAGGCUUCCUACAACAUGAAUACUGCAUAUUUCCACUGGGUGAGAAUCCCAAGUAUCUUCUUUACUUAGCGUUUGGGUCCUUUUGUUAUCACUCUACCUUCUAGACAAUGGAAAGUUAUAUGGAGCAGGAGUUUGGAGAAGUAAAUAGGAAAUGCCUUAUCUAUCAUAAAAUAGCCUGCUCCAUAAAUGUGAAGAAAACCAAGAUUGAAUUUGGAGAUGGCCACUGUGUGUUAAAAUGCUAAUGUCUGCCAGUACUUGCUUAAUGGCAGAAAGCCUGCUAAUAGGAAUUUUCUCUAGGAAAUGUUACAGGUCUAAAAAUCAAGACUAUGCUAUUCUUGAUUGUGGUCUUUUGUUCAGACUACAAGAAUGAUCUGAAGGCCUUUAGUUGAUUGAUAGGUGAUGGCACUUACCAUGGCACUGGUAAGCGAAGCACUUGAUCUCUCCACGGUAACAUUUUGGUGAUUUGAGACAAUAGGGGUCACCGGUUCCUGAGGCUCUCAAACUAAAUUGCAUAUAAAAGUCACCCGCAGGUUAAAACAAUCUCUAUGGGUGCUUCCUAUUUUCUUCAGUGGACCUGGAGUAGAUGCUCAUAUUUCAGGUGACAAUGAUGUUGCUGGUUUGAGACUCAAAGAUUAAGCCCCAGCAAUAACGCGUGUCACACUCGGCUCUACCUAGGUGUUCAGACACUCCGACUUAAGAUCUGCAUUUCAGAAAGCUUUUCUUUCUGCUGUGGUGAUAAAAUUGUCUCCACAGAAGUUUACUGAAGAGGACAUACACCAUUGAAAAUAACUUGUUAGGCUGUUGUGUGGGGGUAGAGCUUUCUUUAACUUCACGUAGGUAUCUGAACACUGCUGGCUGAUCUUCAGAGCCAAAUCAAAAGCCAACUCUGAGAAAGUUAUUAUGUCAGAUUCAACAUCCAAUUCCUACUCCGUGAAAUAAAACAAGAUUAAUACCUUUGGCUAAGGGAGCACUUUAAAAUAUUUAUCUCUUGCCGGG